AUGAAGCAUAUCAAGAUUGUAGCUGUUGGUGAUGGUGCUGUCGGCAAAACAUGCAUGCUUACAUGCUAUACAACAGGCAAUUUCCCAGAAGAAUAUGUUCCAACAAUUUUCGAUAACUACUCUCAAUCAAUUUCCAUUGAUGGUCAAAACGUAAAUCUUCAGCUUUGGGAUACAGCAGGUCAAGAAGAUUAUGAAAAGAUCCGCCCAAUGUCUUAUCCAGAUACAGACGUUUUCCUUGUUUGCUUCUCACUUGUAAAUCCAGUUUCUCUCGAAAACGUUGAGAAUGUCUGGAUUAAUGAAAUCACAACAGGCACUCCAAAGGCUAAGAAGAUCCUUGUUGGCCUUAAGAAGGACCUUCGUGAUAAUUUUGAUCCAGCUGUUGACCCAACAGCUAAACCAGUUACAGCCGAAGAGGGACAAAAGGUUGCCCAAAAGAUCGGCGCUUCCAAGUAUAUGGAAUGCUCUGCUCGUACAAAGGAUGGCCUUAAUGAAAUCUUUGCUGAAGCUGGUCGCCUUAUCAUCCACCCACAAGUAGAACCAAAGGACGCAAAGAAGAAGGACACGAACUGCCUCCUUCUUUAA